AUGGGAAUAUCUUGCACAGGAACCAUCCGUGCCAACCGAAUAGAAGAUUGUCCUGUCAAAAAUGUAAAAGACAUGGGAAAAACGCAACGAGGAAACUAUGAUAAAAGGUAUGACGCACACAAAGGUCUGAUAGUGGUGAGGUGGAAUGACAACAAUAUAGUGAAUGUGGUGUCAAAUUGCCAUGGAGUUGAACCAUUGCAACAAGCAACACGGUGGUCAAAGCAGGCAAAAUCUAGGGUGCGCCUUCCGCAGCCAUACCUUCUAAAGCAUUACAACCAGACAAUGGGAGGUGUGGACAGGAUGGAUCAAAAUGUUGAGAAGUAUCGUAUCUCUAUCAGAUCCAAGAAGUGGUGGUGGCCAGUGUUUAUGUAUUGCAUUGACCUUGCGGUGCAGCAAACCUGGCACAUUUACCGUGCUACUGAUGCAGGAUUGAGGCAACCAUUAGAUCUGUUAGGUGUCAGACGAGCUCUGGUUACUGUGCUGCUUGCUCAGGGGCGUACACCUGCUGUCAGCCCUGGCAGACCAAGAGGUAGGAUGAGGCCAUUGUCAAGAAGAAUUCCAGACCAUAUCCGACUUGAUGGUAAAAAUCAUUACGCAGAGCCAGCAAAAGAAGUGCGCUGUUCAUUGUGUGGAAAAAAAUGCAGGACACAAUGUUCCAAAUGUAAUGUUGGAGUGCACAGGAAAUGCUUUGAAAUGUUUCACAGUGUUUAG